CCCUCUUCCCUAAGAUAAAAUUUAAACCCCUUAAACCCCUUUUCUCUUUGCCCGCUAAACCCCCUCCCCAUUUUUUCUCCUCUGCCUCCAGCGGCCAUUUUCUCCGGCGUUAUCCUGUCGACGCCGCUGUCGACCUUGUUCUGCUGCCGGUGAAGGAGGAACAUUUUUUAUUUUUAAUUAAAAAAUAUAUAUAUGUAUAUCUAUAUAUAGAUAUACAUAUAUAUAUAUAUAUAUAUAAAGUAGAGUUUCAGGGGUAAAGAAAGGGAAAUCAAGGGUUUUUAAGAGAAAUCAAUCAAUGGCGAAUCUUCCCCAGUUGCUGUUACUGAAUGUGGCAUUUGGGGGUCUGAGUAUAUCAGCAUCGAGUGUAACAGGAGCUCAAGGUAACAUAGACAGGAAAAUGGCAUUUGCUGAGCACUUGGUUUUUGAGCUCAUUAACCCUGAAGUUAAGGGAAAUGCUCUGCUUGAACUCUCCAAGAUGUGCUAGGAUUAUCCUACCAAUAACAGUGUAGAAAUCUCAGAGGCAGUAUGAUCAAAUGGACCAUUAAGCUUUGGUUGUUCCAUGCCCUCCGAGACAAUCUUCUCCAACGACAUUACCUGCCAUUUAAACCCCUCUCAGCCCAAUUUUUAUGCUCUCCUAAACUCUUCCAAACCUCCUCUAAAUUUGGCGGAGAUACACAAAACACUGCCAUUCUAAGUUUUAUUCAAAGUGACAGACCUACCUCCAUUUCCUACUCUAAACUCUUAUCACAAUGUACUGCUUCCAAGACUUCAGGUGUGGGCAUGGAAAUCCAUGCCCAGUUGAUCAGGUUUGGAUUAUCCAAAGAACCGAAUCUCAGGAACCAUUUGAUCAAUUUCUACUCCAAGUGUAGGCGUUUUAGGUAUGCCCGGAAACUGGUUGAAGAAAGUAAAGAACCGGAUUUAGUUUCUUGGUCUGCUUUGAUAUCGGGGUAUGCCCAAAAUGGGCUUGGUGUGGAAGCCCUUUAUGCAUUUUAUGAUAUGCACCUAUUGGGUGUUAAGUCUAACGAGUUUACCCUUCCAAGUGUCUUGAAGGCAUGCUCUGUUAGAAAGGAUUUGGGACUGGGGAGGCAGGUUCAUGGGAUAGCAGUAAUCACUGGAUUUGAGACUGAUGUUUUUGUUGCAAAUACUUUGGUUGUUAUGUAUGCGAAAUGUGGGGAGUUUGGGGAUUCAAAGAGACUGUUUGAUGCCAUUCCAGAACGUAAUGUUGUUUCAUGGAAUGCAUUGUUUUCUUGUUACGUGCAGAGCGAUUUAUGUGGAGAGGCAGUGGAAUUGUUUCAGGAAAUGAUCAUGAAUGGGAUAAGACCAAAUGAGUAUAGUUUGUCUAGUAUAAUAAAUGGUUGUACAGGUUUAUGUGAUGGUAUGCAAGGAAGAAAAAUUCAUGGAUACUUGAUAAAACUUGGGUAUGAUUCAGAUCCAUUCUCAGCAAAUGCACUAGUUGACAUGUAUGCCAAAGUAGGAGAUCUAGAAGAUGCAAUUUCUGCUUUUCAGGAAAUUGCACAGCCGGAUAUUGUUUCUUGGAACGCUAUAAUAGCUGGUUGUGUUCUUCAUGAGGAACAUAAUCGGGCUUUAAAAUUGUUUGGGGACAUGAAAAGAUCAGGAAUACCUCCAAAUAUGUUUACCUUAUCAAGUACUCUAAAAUCUUGUGCUGCAUUGGGGCUGAAGGAUUUGGGUAGAUGGUUGCACUCUAGCUUGAUAAAGAUGGAUACAGAAGUAGAUUUGUUUGUGGGUGUUGGAUUAAUUGAUAUGUAUUCCAAGUGUGAGAUGAUGCGCAAUGCAAGGAUGAUUCAUAGUUUGAUGCCAAAGAAGGAUUUGAUUGCAUUUAAUGCUUUGAUCUCAGGACAUUCACAGAAUGGGGAAGACAUAGAAGCUUUGUUUCUUUUUGCUGACAUGUACAAGGAGGGAGUAGGCUUCAACCAGACUACCAUAUCAACAGUCCUGAAGUCAGCAGCCAGCUUGCAGGCUAUCAAGGUUUGCCAACAAGUUCAUGGACUUUCUAUAAAAUCAGGUCUUCAAUCUGAUAUUUAUGUUGUAAACAGCCUUCUUGAUUCAUAUGGAAAAUGUGGUGACAUAGAAAAUGCAGCAAGAAUUUUUGAAGAAUGUCCUAUUGGAGAUUUAGUUGCUUUCACAUCCAUGAUAACAGCUUAUGCUCAGUAUGGACAGGGUGAAGAAGCUCUAAAGCUAUAUUUUCAAAUGCAAGAUAAGGGGAUCAUGCCAGAUGCUUUUGUUUGCAGUUCUCUUCUAAAUGCUUGUGCAAAUUUAUCAGCAUAUGAACAAGGAAAACAGAUCCAUGUUCACGUUCUGAAGUUUGGGUUCAUGUCUGAUGUUUUUGCUGGGAAUUCUCUAGUUAACAUGUAUGCAAAAUGUGGGAGCAUAGAUGAUGCAGAUCGUUCUUUUAGUGAGAUACCACGGAGAGGAAUAGUCUCGUGGUCUGCAAUGAUAGGAGGACUUGCUCAACAUGGGCAUGGGAACGAGGCCCUGCAAUUAUUUACUCAGAUGCUUAAAGACGGUGUUUUGCCCAAUCAUAUAACUUUAGUAAGCGUCCUUUGUGCAUGCAAUCAUGCAGGUUUAGUGACUGAAGCCAGAAAAUAUUUUGAAUCAAUGAAAGAGUUGUUUGGGAUUGAACCUAUGCAGGAGCAUUAUGCUUGCAUGAUUGAUCUACUUGGCCGAGCUGGGAAAUUAAAUGAGGCAAUGGAGCUUGUGAAUACAAUGCCAUUUGAAGCAAACGCAUCAGUUUGGGGGGCACUUCUUGGUGCUGCGAGAAUUCAUAAAAAUAUUGAGGUUGGUCGCCAAGCUGCUGAAAGGCUCUUAGUUCUUGAGCCAGAGAAAUCAGGUACCCAUGUACUUCUUGCAAAUAUUUAUGCAUCAGCUGGCUUAUGGGACAAUGUGGCAGAGGUGAGAAGAUCUAUGAAAGAUAGCAAGGUGAAGAAGGAACCUGGAAUCAGUUGGAUAGAGAUCAAAGACAAGGUACAUACCUUUAUAGUGGGAGAUAGAAGCCAUUCAAGAUGCAAGGAAAUAUAUGCAAAGCUUGAAGAACUGAGUGACCUUAUGAAUAAAGCUGGCUAUGUCCCAAUGGUGGAGAUUGACCUCCAUGAUGUGGAACGAAGUGAAAAAGAGCAGCUUUUAUUACACCAUAGUGAGAAGCUGGCAGUGGCCUUUGGUUUGAUUGCUACUCCACCAGGAGCCCCAAUUAGGGUGAAGAAGAACCUGCGUGUCUGUCCGGAUUGCCAUGCUGCAUUCAAGUUCAUCUGUAAAAUUGUGUCACGGGAGAUUAUUGUGAGAGACAUCAAUAGAUUCCACCAUUUUAAGGAUGGUUCAUGUUCUUGUGGGGAUUAUUGGUGACCUUAUAGAGAUCUAACUGCUAUGUAAUCCAGAGUCCAUGGCUUUUUCUGCUUUCAAUCGUCAUUCCAUGACAGACAAGGCAGUUUUGAUAAUUGGGUUUGCAUUGAUAUGUGCUUGUUGUCGUGUAAGCUAGGUCCUGUUAGAGGUUGAUCAAACUCGACCAGACCAAUAUGAGGGACCUCGUGGUUCCUGGAGGGGUUGUUGCUCCUGAUGUUUCUAUGUCCAUCAAGUGCCACAAAGGCAAUCACACAAGGUUUUGCUCUGUUGGCCUUCCAUUCAACCAGAUGUCAGAGCAAUUUAAUGAGGAAUUGUCCUUAUCUGGUAAUAUUCCAUGGGCCUGUUUAUUAACGCUAUGUUCGACUUCAAGGGCUGCUGGAAGAAGGAUAAAACUCCUGUAAGGAGUCUUUCUUUUGAUGGUUGGUUCAUAACUCUCUAUAACAUUGAGUUGGAAAGAUCUCACAUAUCAUGCUGUCCAAGCAUGCGAAAUUCCUUCUUCAUGGAAUCCUUCUGCCCUUGCCGAUUGAGAAUUUUAAACUCAAAGUUCAAUGUCUGAAUAUCUUUUUGUUACAGCUUCAUCCGGAGUUUGUUCAUGUCAAACUGCAGUUAUAUAAUCAGAGAAAGAGAGAGAAAAAAAAAAAAAAAAAAAAACUGUUGUUAUAUAGCUUUUGUUGAAAACUGAAGAGGCUGCAUUUUUAAGGUUUCGCGUUAAAGCAUUAUAAACUAGAAGUGAAACCGGCACUUAAAUUUAUUCUUGUCCUUCCUAGCGGUAUUUUUAAUUAUUCCAGGAAAAGUUUUUACA